ACGUGGAACCGGGCGGGCUCGGCAGAGCGAGAGACGCCCCGCGGGUAGAAGGAGAAGCAGAAGCAGCAGCGGCGGAGGCCACGGAUUUAGUGAGCUGAGCGCUCUGUUGCUGGAACCGCGGCCGCGCCUUGAGGGCUCUGCCGAGGGCGUGCGGGGUGCGCCGACUCCGUCUCUCGCUCGCGGUGGGGGGAGGUGCAGCAGCAGCAGCCCCGGGCGCUUUCAACAUUUCUGGGGUUGUUCCCUUCGGAAGCCGCGACUCCAACUCGGCAAACAGCAACGAGAGGGGAGCGGGAGGAGCGCCGCUCGCUCGGCACCGCGCGGACUGCGAGAUCAGCUCGAUCCCCACCGCCUCCUCCUCUUCAUCCUCCUCCUCCUGCCGGCUUCGUCCCUAGCUGUUGUCCCUUCGCAUGCAGGACGUCGUGCCGAGGCGUCCGAGGUGACAGAAGCAAGCUGGUGGUGGUGGUGGGGGAAGAGUCAUCAUCCCCGGGGAGGCGAUGGCUGCACGAGAGGGACGACGCCGAGUCCUCCCGGCGGCGCUGUGCCUGUGUCUGCUGCUCGUUCGGGCCGCGGGGCUCGUUCCGUCGGUGCAAGUGUGCAGGACGAACGCCCCCGCUGCGGGCCACGUGGCCUUCGUGCUCGACACCUCCAAGGGCGCCGCGCAGGGCGCCGCGCAGCUCCGCGCGCUCGUGGAGGCGCUAACGGUGGCCGUCGGCUGCGGCGUCCGAGCGGGAGAGGCGGGCGUGCGGUGCUCUCUGCUGCAGCCCAGCGCCGAGCACAGGUCCCGCCUGCGCCUGCUGGAGCUGCCGGACGGCGCGGGCGCCCGCGACGGGUCUCCGCCGGGCGCCCCGGGCUCCGUGUCGACGUCCAGGGCCCUCGCGUUCCUCCGCAACGCCCCCGAGUUCGCCCACAGAGGAGCCAAGAAGAGGCCCUCGAAGAAGACGACGCCCCCCAAGGCCGCGAGCGCCGGGAGGGUGGUUGUCAUGCUCACGGAUGUGAAGCUCCGUGACGACGUGGCGGCCGUUGCCGGGCAACUGAAGGAGUCCGGAGUCGCCAUCAUCGCCGUAGGAGCACGCAAGGCGCAGAAGGACGUCCUGGACUCGGUGGCAUCGGGCCACAAGGACGCGUUCUACCGGAGGGACGCGGCGGCGCUGCAGGCCAUCGUCCCGGCGCUGCUGCGGCGCGUCUGCAUGCACCUCGGCGGGUCGCUGCACGCCGCCUUAUCCGAGCAAAGCGACGGCGCUCGGGACGACGGAGCCACGGGGAGGAUGGAGCGGCAGGGGGCCCACGUGGCCGACAGGGCCGAGGACCCCACGCAGAGCGACGUCCAGACGUUUGAUGUCGGGGGAUCGGUGUCCUUGCGGGAGAUUGCUCGUCUGCUGCUCUUCGACGCGACGGCCAGCAGCGUGCGCGUGUCCUGGAACGCGGUGCCAGGGGCUACGAGCUACAGACUCAUCUGGGCACCCACGCCAGAGUUCGAGGGCCGGGACCAGGCGCGCGAGGUGACGCUGGCACUGGGCACCACCUCGUACGAGAUCACGAGCCUGGUGCACGACACGGAGUAUGCCGUGUCGCUCUACCCCAUCUACGACGGCUUCCAGGGCGUCUCAGUCACCAACAUCGUCACCACCGCGGGGUUCCUGUACGUCCCGGACGUGCGCGUCGUGGACACCGCUCGCAACUCCAUCGGCCUCGCCUGGAGCCGUGCUGCCGGGGUCACGGGGUACCGCCUCAUCUGGGGACGCACAGAGAUGGGCCCAGAGGACAGUGUGCUGCUGGAGAGGAGUGCGACGUCGUUCCGGAUCCCCGGCCUGCGGGAGGGCACGCUCUACACCAUCAGCCUGCUGGGCAUCUAUGGCCGCCUGGACGGGCCCUCAUUCGUCAUCACUCAGUCCACCGCGUCGGGCUCGUUUGAGGGGGACGAGGAGGUGGUGCGGGACCUGCGCGUGUCGGACGUGUCGCGGGACAGCGCUCGCGUCACCUGGGCCGGCUCUCCCCGCGUCCGCGGCUACGCCGUCACCUGGGUGCCCGUCGCCGGCGGGGUGGAGAUCACGCGUAACGUGCGUGCGGACGUGAGCACGUACGCCAUCGAGGAGCUGCGCGAGAGCACCGACUACGUCGUCAAGGUGGCGGCGCUGCUCGAGGAGCGCGAGGGACGCGCCGCCAGCGUCACGCUGCGCACACUGGACCUGCCCAAGGUGCGCUUCCUGCAGACGUCGGACGUGACGGACGAGGCGGUGCGCGUCACGUGGAGCUCCCUGCCCGGGGCCACGGGCUACCUGCUCAGCUGGCGCCCCAUGUCAGUGAGCGCUGGCGUCAACGGGCAGAGGGAGGUUCGCUUGCCCCCCGAGGUGGAGUCGUACCAGGCGGGCUCCCUGCAGGCCGGCCGCGCCUACCUCUUCACCAUCAAGCCCUUCUUUGGGCAGCGCCAAGGCCCAGCCACCGCCGUCACCGAGAGAACCGUGUGCAACCGCGCCCGGGCGGACAUGGUGUUCCUCCUGGACGGGUCCGGGAGCAUCGGCCGAAAGUUCAACCGCAUCAAGGAGUUUGUGUUCCGCGUGGUGUCCUACUUUCCCCGCAUUGGGCCAGACUCCACACAGAUGGCGGUGGUGAAAUACAGCGACAGCCCACAGACGGAGAUUCCACUGACGCGUUUCAGGGACCGCAACUCCCUGCUGCAGACGCUGAGAGCCAUCCCGUUCCUUGGUGGAAACACUUACACAGGCCGCGCCAUCCAGUACGCGCUGCAGUCGGUGCUGCAACCGGGGGGCGGCACCCGUGCCGGCGUGCCACGCAUCCUCGUCGUCAUCACCGACGGGCGCUCGCAGGACGACCUCUCGGGCCCAGCCGCCUACGCCGUCGCGCAGGGCGUGCAGGUGUUCGCGGUGGGCACGGCGGACGCCGACCGCCGGCAGCUGGAGCUCAUCGCCGGCAGGCAGCCCAGCACGGAGCCAGGCCGCAGCCGCAUCUUCUACCUCGACACGCUGGAGGCCUUCCGCUCCAUCGAGGAGGACCUGGUGGACACCAUGUGCGCCGUCGCCACCGUCGGGCCGGGCCCUGUCGACCCCCCGCAGCCUCCUGUGAACCCAGACCCGGGCGAGUGCGCCGCCUGCUUGCCGGGAGAGGAGGGAGAUCCUGGUCCGCCAGGAUACCCGGGAGACAAGGGAGAGCAGGGGCCGCAGGGCCCGCCCGGCAACCCCGGGGCCUCUGUGGAUGGGAGGUUUGUGGUCGUCGAGAAAGGAGCAAGAGGCGACAAGGGCUUCUCUGGGCGGGACGGCAUCCCAGGCUCACCGGGGCAGCCCGGACAGCCUGGCCAGCCCGGUCCCCGUGGCCCUCCCGGCCUUGAAGGCUUAACGGGACCCCCAGGACAGCCUGGGUUCCCCGGGAGAGACGGUGGCCCUGGGAUGAGAGGCGACAGGGGGGAGCCCGGUUACAUCACGGAUGGUCUCGGCUUGCCUGGGCAGUCCGGGGAGCGUGGGAGAUCGGGUCUACAAGGGGCCAUGGGGCCCAAGGGUUUUGCGGGCGACAUGGGUCCUCGCGGACGCCCAGGGUUGCCCGGACUUCCCGGCAUUGCCAUCAAGGGAGACAAGGGAGACCGUGGACUUCGAGGAGUUUCAGGGUCCGGUGGAGGAGAGGCACAGAGAGGAGAACCUGGAGAUACGGGAUUGCAAGGCCCGAUCGGCCCUCGGGGCCCAGCCGGGGAUCCUGGGCCGCCAGGAACGAGGGGCGAGAGGGGCGACUCGGUACGUGGCAAAGCCGGGCAAUCGGGGAAGCCGGGGAUUCCGGGAGACCAGGGGGAGAGGGGCCCCUCUGGGGAGACUGGCCUGCACGGUGACAGAGGAGUUCCGGGAAAACCAGGAACCAAGGGAGAGGCGGGCGAGAGAGGAUCGAGCGGCUACCCAGGCCCAAAUGGAAGCCCGGGUGCGUCCGGAACGCCAGGGCUUCAGGGCGUGCCGGGGACUGUUGGACCAAUUGGCCCCAGAGGUCAAAGGGGAGAUGCUGGACCCCCCGGCGGGACUCUGCCUUCGAGUCCCGGGGAGCCAGGAUACCGCGGCGAGGCGGGCGAUGCUGGGUACCGUGGCCUGGCCGGGAAGAAGGGUGACAGAGGUAGCGCUGGCGAGAAGGGCAUCAAGGGAUCCCCGGGGAUGGGACCUCCUGGGCCUCCAGGACCACGAGGCGACUCUGGGCCAAAGGGAGCCGUGGGGGCCGUCGGAAACCAGGGAGACAGGGGAGACUCAGGGCGACGCGGGGACCGCGGGAACGACGGGCCACCAGGAUUGGCGGGUCCACAAGGUCCCACCGGAGAUAACGGCAUCCGAGGCAGCAGAGGAAGGAUUGGACCCCUGGGGGAGCCAGGGACUCCGGGCGCUGCCGGCGAGCGAGGAGCAUCGGGUCCGUCGGGAAUGGACGGGGACCGCGGUGACCCCGGCGACAGGGGAAACUCCGGCAGAUCUGGGAAACAGGGAACACCGGGCGUGCCUGGGCCGAGGGGUUCCAAGGGAGACACGGGCCCACCAGGAUCCCCCGGUCGUCCCGCCCAAUACGUGCCCGAUACGGACAGAGGGACUCUGCGCAGAGGAGUCAAGGGGGCAAAGGGGCGCGCCGGCACGAACGGAAAACCCGGGUCGACCGGGGAAGUCGGAGUCCCUGGUCUCAUCGGAGUACGGGGGACUGUGGGCGCACCCGGCUCAUACGGCCAGCGAGGAAACCCAGGAGUCAAGGGUACUGCAGGGCCGAAGGGAGAUCGAGGUUACGCAGGGAGAGACGGAGUCAACGGGAAGGAUGGAAAGAUGGGAUUAUCCGGCAGCCCAGGAGCCCGGGGUGAAGCGGGAAAGGCCGGCGAACCAGGAAGAGACGCCAAGGCAGGAGCACGCGGAGACUCGGGCCUCAGGGGUCCCGUUGGGCCACCCGGAAACCCCGGCACCCCGGGCAAGCCAGGCACAGAUGGAAAACCAGGCCUUUCAGGAAGAAAGGGCGAGACCGGAGUGCCGGGAGAAGACGGCAUCAAGGGUUCAGCCGGGGACCCGGGCCGGUCCGGUCGAGAUGGCAGGGACGGAGCCAAGGGAGACCGGGGGGAGCACGGCUUGCCCGGGAAGCAAGGCUCCCUGGGAGCUCGAGGCCCCGCCGGAGCACCGGCUGAAUAUCAACCGACCGGCGGUGGACGGAUCACCGGAAUUCCUGGCCCCUCCGGUCUGCCGGGGCUGCCCGGAGUUCCCGGUCCGAUGGGGGAGCAGGGACUGAAGGGUGGCACGGGAUACAAGGGCGCCAGGGGGUUUGCGGGGGAUUCUGGGAAGCCCGGAGACCCUGGAGCCAAAGUGAAUAUGUUGAAAAUCCUCGACCAGUACGGGAUCCGGAUCGGCGCCCUGCGGCGUCUCAUCGAGCAGAGCUUCGUCGGCACCGGCGACGGGGGGCGGCCGCUCACCGGGAGACGAGGCCCCAAGGGCAUCGGCGGAGACCGCGGACUCCCUGGCGAAGUCGGAACUCCCGGCAGGGAGGGGGUCCAGGGCCUUCCUGGGCCACGGGGCGACAAGGGGGAGCUUGGAAUGGUGGGGGAGACGGGCCCCCCAGGGAUCCCGGGUCCUGUCCGGGUGGUUCGAGGCCCACGUGGGCCCAGGGGGAAGAGCGGCGACGCCGGAGAGGCGGGCAAGCUCGGCGUGUCCGGCCGGGACGGCGAGCAAGGCGAGAGGGGCAGCCCGGGAGGGAAGGGUGAUCAAGGCGUCAGAGGAGCCAAAGGCUUCGCCGGCAGGAACGGAAUUCCUGGGCCCAUUGGGUCACCAGGACCACCAGGACCCCGUGGGACAUCCGGCCGAAAGGGCACGGUCGACCCCGGAGGCGCCAAGGGGGGAGAGGUUGGACCGCCGGGACGACCUGGCGUGCGGGGAGAUCGUGGUCGCACUGGGGACUACGGGCCGAGAGGAGACAAGGGAGACGCAGGCGCGAAGGGAGACAGAGGGGAGAGAGGCGACCCGGGAACACGAGGACGCAACGGCCAGGCAGGGAGCCCAGGAGCCCCGGGAACCCCAGGGAAGGAUGGAGCCCCGGGUGCACGCGGGGAAAGGGGCCUGCAAGGAAUUGCCGGAGCCCAGGGAGAUCCCGGAGCCUCGGGCAUCCCGGGCCCCCAAGGAACUAAAGGACCUCAGGGACCUCCUGGAGCAAAGGGAGAUGAAGGCUUGGCUGGACCGGCGAUCCCGGGCCCUCCUGGGGCCCAGGGACCCAAAGGCCUCCCCGGCGCGGCAGGGAUGCUGGGGCAGCCCGGACCCAGCGGUGAAAGCGGUGCGCCUGGAGCAAAGGGGAAACCGGGACAGCCAGGAGUUCCGGGAAGGGAUGGCAGCCCCGGACUGAGAGGGUUGGAUGGGAUACCAGGCCGAAUGGGCAUGCCAGGGCCUACUGGACUACGAGGACCCAAGGGAGACAUGGGCCCCAUCGGAUCACCCGGCGUGUCACAACCUGGAAAAAAAGGCCCCAGGGGUGAGAAGGGAGAGCCGGCUGAGAUUGAAGGAGGUGGCACGGGCAUCAAGGGGGUGCCAGGGGACAAGGGGGAGAGAGGCAGCCGGGGCCCUCCGGGGAAGAAAGGCGAGGAGGGCGAGUUUGGAAAACCCGGGCUUACGGGGCCGGUGGGCCCCAAAGGAAGCCACGGGGAGAGGGGACAGAGGGGCGACGCAACCGUGGGGAAACCUGGGCCGGAUGGCCUCCCUGGCCCUGCUGGCUUUAAGGGCGGCGCUGGCCUGCCGGGCCCCACCGGCGAGGAGGGGCAGCCGGGCAAGCCGGGCCCCGUGGGGACACCGGGAUCGCGAGGUUUCGGCGGAAACCCAGGACCCCGGGGAACCCCGGGCGAGCGGGGUGAGCCAGGACCCCAGGGUAAGAAUGGAAGCCCGGGGCAGGCCGGAGUGCGAGGGCAGUCGGGGCGUCCGGGCUCAAGGGGAGGCCCUGGGGAGAGAGGUGUCAAGGGCGAGAGUGGAGCAGGUCCCCUGGGACCUCCGGGUGACACGGGUCUGAGCGGAGCUCGGGGUGCACCAGGAACGCCCGGGCUGCCUGGGCCAGCGGGAGAGCCGGGCCUGUCUGGAAGCAAGGGUUACCGGGGAGAGAAGGGCAACUCUGGGAGUCCUGGACCCAAGGGUGACGACGGAGACGGCGUUGGGGUUGGGCCGCCCGGCAGGAGAGGAGCCAAGGGGGACAGGGGCGACCACGGCCCCGAAGGUCUGGACGGGAAGAAGGGAGAGAAGGGCGAGCAUGGAGCCAUGGCACCGCAGGGAAGCAAGGGGCAGGAUGGAGACAAGGGAGCACGAGGAAUCCCCGGCCUCGCGGGGGUUGGCGGUCCCAAGGGUGAACCAGGAGAGCUGGGAAUGCCGGGCACUGCUGGAACCCCAGGCCUCCGAGGACGAAGCGGAUUUAAGGGCAUGAAGGGGGAGCGUGGAAUGUACAGUGAAAAGGGUGAAAAUGGCGACGUGGGCAUGAAAGGGCGGUGCGGCGAGGAUGGAGCGAAGGGAGCCAAGGGAGACCCUGGACUUCCCGGAGGCCGCGGAUCGCCGGGGGAGAGAGGAGAGAGGGGUGAGCGAGGCAUGCUGGGUACUCCGGGAACACCCGGGCAACAAGGGGCAUCAGGACCAAAGGGAGAGGCGGGCGCCGCGGGAGUGGACGGGAGGAAGGGAUCCUUCGGAGACAAGGGGCUGCAGGGCCACCCGGGCUUGCCAGGCCCUCCGGGGCCAUCAGGGCCAGUCGGAGAGGUCGGCCGCGUCGGAGAGAGGGGGCUCGAGGGGCCGCCCGGGAAGGAAGGCCCCAAGGGCAAGAAGGGCAAAGUGGGGCCCCCCGGGAUGGACGUGACCGGAGCUAGCGGCCUUCCGGGUGAACCUGGCAGCAAGGGAGAACAGGGGAGCUCGGGCAAGGUGGGAAAUCGCGGCUACAAAGGAGAAGUGGGGAUCACGAAGGAGGCGAUUCGCUCCAUUCUCCGUGAAGAGAUGAGCGGACGCUGCACUUGCGGAGGUACGGGGAGUGCGGCGCUGCCGUUACGUUCAGCGCACCGGCCUCUGCUCGUGGCGACGGCACACCGCGACAGCCACGGAGAUAAUGAACCAUGACUCACCGCAGCCAGAGACGGACUUAAGACUCCGGGG